AUGUCGACCUCACCACCCCCGGCCCAGUCGACCAAGCGGCCCCUCGAGGAGGCGUCUUCCCCUUCGCGCACUGGCGACCAGCCCGAAGCCAAGCGCCCUGCCCUUGACAACGUCAUACGCAACGACGGCGAAGUGAAGGAAGACAUUGCUGCCAGCAACGGUCUUCCGCCGAUCCCCCCACCUGUGGCCUCCUCGGAGUCUAACGAGACGGGAAAGACGAAUGGAGAGAAGACUGAGGUCAAGGACGAGCAGGGAGACACUGUUGUCCCUGAUGCAGCAGAGACGAAGCCGAUUGCGAGCACUGCGGCCGGUGCCGCAUCUGUGACCGCAGCUUCUUCAGCAAACGCCCACGACGAGACUGCAUGGAUCCAUAUCCGCGCCGUCAUCUCCAGCCCUGAAGCUGCCACGAUCAUUGGCAAGGGCGGUGAGAAUGUGUCCAAGAUUCGGCAAAUGUCCAACGCCAAGUGCACUGUCAGCGACUAUCAGAAGGGUGCAGUUGAGCGUAUUCUUACCGUCAGCGGAGUUGUCGAUGCUGUGGCCAAGGCUUUUGGUCUCAUCAUUCGGACUCUGAACAACGAGCCCCUCAGCGAGACUUCCAAUGCCCAGUCCAAGACAUACCCUCUUCGCCUUCUCAUCCCCCACAUCCUGAUAGGCUCCAUCAUCGGCAAGGGAGGUGCCCGAAUCAAGGAGAUCCAGGAGGCGUCUGGCGCUCGUCUAAAUGCAUCUGACUCCUGCCUGCCCUUGUCCUCGGAGCGCUCCCUCGUGGUCAUGGGUGUGGCUGAUGCCGUGCACAUUGCGACCUACUACGUCGGUAGCACGCUUCUCGAGCAGCUCAACGAGCGGUUUGGAGGCCCUGCUGCUUCGGCCUACGCCACUAGGAGCGGUGGACCUGUCGGCGUGGUUCCAGGCGGCAUGCAGGUCGUACCCUACCUCCCUCAACCUGCCGGGGGCAACUACGGCAACCGCGAGAACUAUGGCCGGCGGCAGCAGGACCCCAGGUCGCACCACAUGGCGCCCCAGCCGUACGGACAGCAGUACGGCCAUCCCCACGCUGCCCACCAGCCGAGCCCCGCCAUGCCCAUGCACUACGGCGCACAGGCAGGCGGUGGUGCGUACGGCGGCCACAUGGCGCCGCACCAGGGACCUCAUGUCGGUGGUCCCCAGGCCCACGGUGGACCGCAGGGCCAGCCCAUGCACGGCGGUGUUGCUGGUGCUCCCCUGACGCAGCAGAUAUUCAUCCCGAACGAUAUGGUCGGCGCGAUCAUCGGCAAGGGAGGACAGAAGAUCAACGAGAUACGCCAGGUGUCUGGAAGUGUCAUUAAGAUCAACGAGCCGCAAGAUAAUAGCAAUGAGCGUCUCGUGACGAUCACGGGCACGGAGGAGUGCAACCGCAUGGCGCUGUACAUGCUUUACUCGAGACUUGGUAUGAGAGACGCUACCCCCCUUACGUGUUGA